CGUUUAUCUACAAUCUACUUCGUAUUUCGUAUAAUAUGCCCUCCCCUGUACGGCUGUACCCAGCAUAUAUACUCUACUCUGUAUGCAAUUGUGUGUAAAUUGUGAGGUUAGAUAGAAAGUAGACUUGUGCGGUGCUAGCGAUGGCGAAUGCACCGGCGACAUGUAACGUUUUCGUGUACGGCAGCCUUCAAGCAGACGACGUCGUCCGGGUCCUCCUCAACCGCGUUCCUCCUUCUUCCCCGGCUGCCCUCCACCAUUAUCAGAGAUUCAGCAUCAAGGGACGUGUUUAUCCUGCAAUUCUACCAGCACAAAGAAGUAAAGUCGAUGGAAGGCUUCUGUGGGGUAUCACUCUUCCCGAGCUGGAGAUCCUCGAUAAAUUCGAGGAUGUUGAAUAUGAGAGGAGGAAUGUUGAUGUUUCUCUUGUGGAUGCUAGUUCAGAAGUGUUUCAGGCGUAUACGUAUGUUUGGGCUGAUGCGGCUGAUCCAGACUUGUACGGGGAGUGGGACUUUGAGGAAUGGAAGGAUCUGCACAUGGAAGACUUCAUCAGAAUGACGACAGGAUUUGUGGAAGAAAAUGAACUGGAAUCGAGGACAAGGGUGCAAACUUAUGAGUCCUUCUACAAGCAAGAAGAUGACCAUUAGAAAAGGGGAGGAUGAUCAUGAUUCUUCUGUUUUGGUUAACUUCAUCUGUCUUCAAAUUUAAUUAUCUUACUGUACUUUCACUAUGUAGUUGGUGCAGCAAUAAUAAAUAAUCUUUAAGGUAUAUUAUCAUCUGUCCGUCUAAACAAGCAAUCAAACCAUAAUCGGAUUUGGCUUUAAUAUUAUGUUAAGAUA